UGGCAGUUGCCAACCCAGGACCAGUGCCAGGCAUGGGGAAUGCUGCUCAGCAAGCCCUGCUCGCUGCCCUCUGGGUGACCAGCACCAUCGCUCGGGCUGAAGUCGAGAGCAAGUGUCCAGAGGUGACGGUCGUGGGCAUUGGGGAUUCUGACAGACUCAGCAUCCUCCGAGGCUGCCCCGGACUUCCUGGACCCUCUGGCCUCAGAGGGGAACCCGGGCUGGCUGGACUCAGAGGCGGGAGUGGUCCUCCGGGUAUCCCUGGGAAGGUGGGACCAGCCGGCAUCAAAGGGGAGAAAGGAGACCCCGGGAUGCCAGCUACCUUUGACACAGAAGACCUGGACAAUCUCCUGGCUCAGAAGGGAGCCAGAAACUGCUGGGAGCUGCAGGCCAAGGGCACACUGCUGAGUGGCUGGUAUACCAUCUACCCCGUUGGCUGCGGGCCUCUGACCGUGCUGUGUGACAUGGACACCGACGGCGGUGGCUGGACGGUGUUCCAGAGACGGGUGGACGGCUCUGUGGAUUUCUAUCGGGACUGGGCAACCUACAAGAAGGGCUUUGGCAGCCAGCUGGCCGGCUUCUGGCUGGGCAACGACAACAUCCACUGCCUGACCGCUCAGAGGAACAAUGAACUCCGCGUCGACCUCAGGGAUUUUGACAACAUCCAUUACUUUGCCAAGUACCGUUCCUUCGAGCUAGGGGGAGAGACGGACAACUACAGGUUGACCGUGGGAGAGUUCGCGGAUGGCGACGCAGGGGAUUCUCUGAGCUAUCACAAGAACAGAUCAUUCACCACCAGAGAUCGGGACAACGAUGAAUACAGCACCAACUGCGCUGAGGUGUUCAAAGGGGCCUGGUGGUAUGGAAGUUGCCACAAAUCCAACCUGAACGGGCAGUAUUUCCUUGGGUCUCACUCGAGCUACGCUGACGGCAUCAACUGGGAGAGUGGUAAAGGGCAGCAUUAUUCCUACAAACUCUCAGAAAUGAAGUUCAGGCCCGUUUAGCCCUGAAGGCCCGAGGAUCCUGAAUCAAAGAAAAUGGCCCGCUAGAGUGUCAGCCCUUUGUGGGCAGGGAUCUUGUCGACCAACCCUACCGUGGUCUCCCAAGAGCUUAGUA